AUGGCAUCUAACAUGAAGAAGAAAUUUGAAAAGUAUUGGGAUGAAAUUCAUGAUAUUAUGGGUGUUGCUGCUGUUUUAGACCUUAGGUACAAGAUGGUUGGGGUUGAGCUUCAAUUUGAAAAAAUGUAUCCAGAUCCAACAGAAUGCUCCAAGCAAGUUGAUAGAAUUCAUCAGUUGUGUAAUGAGUUGGUUAAUGAAUACACUCAAAAAAUGAGUUCUGAUGUGUCAUAUGUCGGUGCUAGUAUUGGUGUUGGUACAAAAGAAAGUAAUGAAAGUGGAAAUGCAAGUUUAUUUGGGGGUGAUGAUUAUAUGGUGUAUCUUAAAAGAAGAAAAAUGACAAGGAGUUCAUAUGUGAAUGUUGAGUUAGAUCAUUAUCUUGAGAAGGAAAUUCAUCCUCCAAAUGAUCCUAACUUUAAUGUUUUGAAAUGGUGGAAGAACAAUCACAUGAAAUUUAAAGUUCUUGCAAAAAUAGCUAAGGAUAUAUAUGCUAUUCCGGUGUCCACUAUUGCAUCUGAAUCUGCUUUUAGUACAAGUGGUCGUAUAAUUUCUCCUCAUCGCGCAAAGUUCAAACAAGACAUAAUUGAAGUUUUGAUGUGUGGCCAAAGUUGGUUGUGGGCACCUUUGGGAAGUAAAGGUUUAAAUCUUGAUUUGCAAACUUUUAAUGAUGAUGAAGAUGUUGAAAGUGAUCAAGAAUAA